CACGACUAUUGUGCCGCCCCGUGUAGCCAUUACACCCAUAAUAACUUUUAAUGAACUGCACUGAAUCAAAUGAUAAUUCACUAACUGCUUUAGUGGUUAGUCCACUGCUUAUCAUAACAAGGCCUGGGUGCGGUUUACACAUCGCUCCAGCCGCGCCUUUUCCUGUCACGGCGGAACGGCUGUGCGUAAGGACGACGGGUCAGCUGACAGCUAUCUGAGGACCGGGAGGAAGGAGCGGUAUUAGCGGGUGUGUGAGUGAACUGGGAUCCUUACUGAAGCUGUUCCCAAGGCCAAACGGGGAACCGAGACUGGUGGCGUUUGAGAGAAGUAGGGCGGGGUUUGGUUUCACCAUGGCCAGUUGGGACUGAGAAACAGCCACAAUGAUUGGAGGACUGUUUAUCUACAACCACAAGGGGGAGGUCCUCAUCUCCCGGGUCUACCGAGAUGACAUAGGACGUAAUGCAGUGGACGCAUUCCGCGUGAACGUGAUUCACGCCAGGCAGCAGGUUCGAUCGCCGGUGACCAACAUCGCCCGCACCAGCUUCUUCCAUGUCAAGCGCUCCAACAUUUGGUUGGCGGCAGUCACUAAGCAGAAUGUCAACGCUGCCAUGGUGUUCGAGUUCCUUUAUAAGAUGUGUGACGUCAUGACGGCCUAUUUCGGCAAGAUCAGCGAGGAGAACAUCAAGAACAACUUUGUGCUCAUCUAUGAGCUGCUGGACGAGAUCCUGGACUUCGGCUACCCUCAGAACUCCGAGACUGGAGCGUUGAAGACCUUCAUCACCCAACAGGGCAUUAAGGGACAGCACCAGACAAAAGAGGAGCAGUCUCAGAUCACCAGCCAGGUGACGGGGCAGAUCGGCUGGCGACGCGAGGGCAUCAAGUAUCGCCGCAAUGAACUUUUCCUGGACGUACUGGAGAGUGUCAACCUGCUGAUGUCACCACAAGGUCAGGUCCUGAGUGCUCAUGUGUCUGGAAGAGUAGUGAUGAAGAGCUACUUGAGUGGAAUGCCUGAGUGUAAAUUCGGCAUGAAUGACAAGAUUGUCAUUGACAAACAGGGCAAGGGAGGAGCAUCCGAUGACGCAGGGAAGAGCGGGAAGCAGUCCAUCGCCAUCGACGACUGCACUUUCCAUCAGUGCGUGCGCCUCAGUAAGUUUGACUCGGAGCGCAGCAUCAGCUUCAUCCCCCCUGAUGGAGAGUAUGAACUCAUGAGGUAUCGCACCACUAAGGACAUCAUCCUGCCCUUCAGAGUUAUCCCUCUGGUCCGUGAGGUGGGUCGCACUAAACUGGAGGUUAAGGUGGUCAUUAAGUCUAACUUCAAACCCUCUCUGCUGGCUCAGAAGAUCGAGGUGCGUAUCCCAACACCCCUUAACACCAGUGGAGUGCAGGUGAUUUGUAUGAAGGGAAAAGCCAAAUACAAGGCCAGUGAGAACGCCAUCGUGUGGAAGAUCAAACGCAUGGCCGGGAUGAAAGAAUCUCAGAUCAGCGCUGAGAUCGAGCUGCUGCCCACCAACGACAAGAAGAAAUGGGCCAGGCCUCCCAUCUCUAUGAACUUUGAGGUCCCUUUUGCGCCCUCUGGACUGAAGGUGCGCUACUUGAAGGUGUUUGAGUCCAAGCUGAACUACAGUGACCACGACGUCAUCAAAUGGGUGCGGUACAUUGGCCGCUCCGGCAUCUACGAAACGCGCUGCUGAAACUCACCCCAGCCCUGCAGCAGUGAGCUGACCACUCUUCUCCCAUCUAUCCUGUUUUUCUCCAUCCACUUCCUCCUCCUUGUCUCUCUCUUCCUCUCCCCUCCCCUCAACCCUUAUAGCUUCUCUCAUACACCCUCCCUCCCUUCCUCCCUCACACCCCUUCUAACUAGGUGUUGGAGAUUGAAUUUACAUCCUAAAAAAAAUAAAUAUGGUAUAAUGCACAGAUAUAUGCAAAAUGUGAGCCAUUGUAUCGUAUAUAUCUUGUAGUGAUGAGUAAACCUGUAAGCCACCUGGUGUCAGAAAGAAAAAGACAGGUGAUGCAGGGGGGGACCAGGGGGAGAGGUCAGGACGAGACACCUCUGGUGUCUUCUGGGUUGCUCUGUUGUUUUUUCCAUUGUUAUCAGUCAACCAUCGACUGUGCAGUUACUUUAGAAUCCCACGUGUCGUAGAGUAAAAUCCCUGGUAAAGAUGAUGUGUAGCUGCUGUUUGUGCUUUAUGAAUUCUGAUGUAGUUCUUGAACUUCUUUGUCAGUUAGAGUGGACCCUUCGAAUUGAGCUGCAUUGUCUUAUUGUGUUGCACAUUGACUGAUAUUUGACCCGUGUAUUUUUGUGGGGGAGGUUCGGGGGUGGGGGUCAUUUAGAGUUUGGAUUAGGACAGAGAAAGAAUCCACAAUGACUGAGAUGUUGUGUGUUUUGCAGAGUGUUGUCAUGUCUUUCCUGUUUCCACUCUUGCUUUAACCGGCACCAAGAGGGUAAAAGUCAAAUUAAAAGCCAGAGGAACAUUCCAAACAGUUUUAGAGGUUUGAUCAUGGUCCCAUUGUGACUCAGAUUUCCUACAUGAUUCUUAAGCACUAAUAUCGUCUUUGGCGCACUAUUGUGACUCACAGAUUAGGCCCUGGGAGUGUGUGUGUGUGUUUGCAGUGAGGUGAGGUCUCCCCCUGGUGUCUGCCUCGUCGCUGUCUACUUCUUUAUGUUCGUAACCCUGGUGACUGUUCUAUCCAAUAAAAUCUGACUGUGUAACCAAA